CCCCUCCAGGCGAGCCUCCUGGCCUGCGAGGGCCUCUCGGGCGUGUGCCUCGUGCCCACGGCGGCCAGCAAGAAGAUGAUGCCGAAGCAGGGCGCCAAGGCGGCGGCGGAGGGCCGCGAGCGCAGCGGCGGCGGCAGCCCGGAGGUGCUGGUACGGCCGCAGCGCGGGGGGCGCGGGGGCAGCAGCGGCGGCGGCGGCGGCAGCGGCGGCAGCAGCAGCGGCGGCAGCGGCGGCAGCAGCGGCGCCGCCGGGGGUCUCACCGCGAGUUUUUUUCCGCCCCCCCCCCCCCCCCCCCCCAAGCCCCGGCCCCAGGCCGGGGGGAACCCGCGCGGCCCCAAGGGGGGGGGGCGGGCUGAGGCGUCGCCACCCAAAAAACCCAUCAAAAAGAUGGUGGUGAUCAAGCAGAACGGCUCCUUCCAGCUGAGCAGCGCCAAGAACUUCAUCUGCGAGCUCUGCUAUGGCGCCUUCCGCAGCAGCUACCACCUCAAGAGGCACAUCCUCAUCCACACCGGCGAGAAGCCUUUCGAGUGCGAUGUGUGCGACAUGCGCUUCAUCCAGAAGUACCACCUGGAGCGCCACAAGCGCGUGCACAGCGGUGAGAAGCCGUACCAGUGCGAGCGCUGCAUGCAGAGCUUCUCCAGGACAGACCGGCUGCUGCGACACAAAAGGAUGUGCCAAGGCUGCCAAACCAAAGCCCCCGAGGCGCAGCUGCUGCUCUAGGCCGAGGUGACCGCUCGCAGCGGGGCACGGCCGGGCACACACGGCACCCCCCCCGCCGCGGGACCGGGGGGCGCCGCCCCCCCAGGACUGCCAGACGAGGUCCCGACACUGUACAUAGGCUGAAGAUGAUCUGGAAACCUUCCCCCAGCCAGCGGCGGCCUUCCUCUCAUCCCCUCCCCAGCCCCGACACCGCCAGGC